UUCACUUACACGAGUUUAGAACCUGUCGCGGUCACGACCGACCGGCCGCGUGUUCUCAUCUCGACCAAACUAAUAACCAAUAGUUUUAUUGUACUAAACUAUGUACUGUAACAUUUUCCGGUGAUAUUUUUCGUACGAACACAAAAAUAAUUAAUAUAUAAAAUCAGGAUGCCGUACAUUAUGGUGAUGGGAAGUCUGAGGAUGCCAAAUCUCACGAAGGAUGAAGGCGCUACUGUGUAUGGACUGAACAGCGAAGAACGGGCUAAGCUAGUAAUGGACCUGAACUCGUCCUUCACCACGGUGAUAGCUUCCUCGUCGGAUCUGGAGAGAGUCGUUCGAGUGACACAAAGAGGCUUCACUUUAGUCGUAGUGAAUCGUAUUCACGCUCUAUUCGGUUACGACGUUGUGUCCCACGCGAUGGCGAUGACCAACGCGAACCGCGAACUCGUCUCGUUCACGAUGUACAAGAAGUCUAGUCACUCACACGGACAUCAUUCGCACUCGCACUCGCACAGUUCCACGCACUCGCACGGCUCAACGCACAAGAGUCACACGCACGGAAACGUAGUCACGCUAUGACGACCGAACUAUUCGACGCACAUCGCCGUGGGUGACGUCAUCGACGCCAGAGUCGAGAUAUCGAUGUUUCGAUAUCGACGCUUGAAAGGCAAACGUGACUAAGCGACAAUAACUGCUUUGUACAUAAAUGAUAGGCCAUAACCAUAUUCGAUGCGCAAAAAAAUAU